AUGGCUUCUGCUAUUAAGCCAAUCCAACUCUACGGGGGAAUCCUUGGACCCAAUCCCCUGAAAGUCGGCAUCAUUCUUACCGUUCUCGGUCUCCCCUAUGAAGCCAUCCAGGUUGGUUUCGACAAGGUCAAAGAACCUGAAUACGUCGCAAUCAAUCCCAACGGCCGUCUCCCGUCCAUUCAUGACCCCAAUACCGGCCUCACUAUCUGGGAAUCUGGAGCUAUCAUCGAAUAUCUCAUCGAGCGCUACGACACCGAAGAGCCCCGCAAGCUGAGCUUCCCCAAAUUUAGCGCCGAGGCCGAAGCAGCUCGCUCUUUCCUCUAUUUCCAGACGACCGGCCAGGGUCCCUACUAUGGCCAGGCUUAUUGGUUCAUGAAAUAUCAUAGCGAGAAGAUUCAGUCUGCGGUCGAUCGCUAUGUCAAUGAGGCUAAGCGCGUGACGGGGGUUCUGGAGGCGUGUCUUGCUAAACAGAAGGAGGCGAACAAGGAUAACGGUGGGGACGGGCCUUGGUUGGUCGGGAACAAGAUUUCCUAUGCGGAUCUUUCGUUCAUUCCUUGGCAGCGAAGCGCGUACGGUGCGUUCGCAGACACUGGCUUCAACGCGGAGGAUUUCCCUCUUGUCGGGGAUUGGCUUCAGCGCAUGUAUUCCCAGAAGGGAGUUCAGGCUGUUUUGAACUCGGCCGAUGAGCAGAUGGCUGAGAUGAGGAAGGCAAAUAAACACUAA